AUGGCUUUCGUGAAAGACUACAACGAACGCACCGGUAGCCAGUCGGGAACCAUAGUCCCAGUGCACCUGACGGUAUACGAGGAUCGUUCUUUUACUUUUGUAACGCGCACGCCCCCGGCCUCCGACCUCCUCAGGCGCGCAGCCGGAGUGGAAAAAGGCCGCGGCGAUGCACUCGGCGGCCCGGUAGGUGUCGUCGACAGUGACACCCUGCGGGGCAUUGCGGAAGAAAAGAUGAAGGACCUUAACGCCAAUUCCGUUGAGCAGGCGAUGAAUAUCAUCGCCGGAACGGCCCGCAGCAUGGGAAUUGCUGUGGAAGGCGACUAG